UGAUUUGGAGGCGAUGGUUGCGAUGAGAGACCGUCACAUUCAGCGUCUGGAACAGGAAGUGCGACGACUUCAGCGUCUGCUGCAGGAAGUCCAGGAGCGAACGGCCAAUCACGUCGCUCUGCUGCAACAGCAACUGGCCAAUAAAGCACAGCAUAUAGAGAGACUUCAGGCCAAGUUACAGUCCCAGCAGGACUACGAGAAGAUCAAGACCGAGCUCAGGACUCUUCGAGUGCUGAUGCAAACCACAGGUGAAGUUUCGGUGUUUUCUCCUCCGUCAGAUGUCAGGAGCGUCUCUGUUGAUAACGAUCCUGUGAUCCAGAAAGAAACGCCAGAGUUUCAUCACUCCACUGGGAAAGAAGAAGCCCUGAAUGAAUCUUCCUCUUUCAUCUCUGGGUCACCAGCAUCAUCUUCAUCAUCUCUGAGUGUCCAGAGCUUCAUUAAAGAGGAGACAGACUCUGGUGAUGAUGAGCAGGAGUUUGACACGGCUCGAUUAGCUCAGCAGGUCAAAGAGGCUCUUCAGCGGCUGAACAUUGGCCAGCGGGUGUUCGGUCACUAUGUGCUCGGUCUCUCUCAGGGAACCGUCAGCGACAUACUGGCCCGACCCAAACCCUGGAGCAAACUGACCAGCAGAGGAAGAGAACCCUUCCUGAGAAUGAAGCACUUCCUGUCCAACGAGCACAGCAUCCAAAUGCUCAGCGUCAUCCAGGAAAGACUGAGAGACAGGAGCUCAGAUGACGUGAUCAGGAACAUUCUGGAUCAGAGCCGUCUGGAGAUGCUGGAUGAUGAUGAUGAAGAUGAUGAUGAUGAAGGCAGCAGAUGUCAGCACAGUGGAGACGAAUCACACAACAUCAUCAGGAACAUCCUGCAGCAGGCCAAACAUGAGAUGCAGACGCAGACGCCUGCGAUGAACGACGCACCAGUCCAGCAGGAAGAGGAGGAUUAUGGGACACUGGAGCCCAGCGUUCAGUCCCUGGCUGAUUUUGUCCAAAGCAUCAUCCAGAAGGUCAAAUGUGAAAUAAAUGAAGAUGCUGAGCCAUCAGUUUCUCCGUCCUCUGUGAGCCGCUCGUUCCAGACGCUUCCAGCGGAUCCGGGUCAGACAGCACAGGGGUUUAAGAUGGAGACGCGUCAGAGCUGUGAGCUUCAGUCUCUGCAUCUGGACACGUUCAGCAUCACGCAGAGAGUCAAAGAAACUCUCACUGUCAACAACAUAGGUCAGCGCGUGUUUGGUGAAGAGGUUUUGGGUUUAACACAAAGCUCUGUGUCUGAACUGCUGUCGCACCCCAAACCCUGGACUAAACUCAGUCUGAAGGGAAAGGAGAACUUCAUUCGGAUGCAUCUGUGGCUCCAAGACCCCCAAAACAUCCAGAAGCUCAAUGCUAUGAAGAAGACGGACCACAGAGCUCGUCUCAAACGUGCUCUGAUCGGAUCAGAAUGUGAUUCACAGAGGUGUUUGGAUGUGGGAGGACAGGGGUUUUGUGAUCGCUGGGGACAGUGUGAGGCGAUGAAGAGGCCGCGUGUCAUCCUCAGCGCUCAGGAGAGAGAAGCACUGAUAGCUGUGUAUCAGACGGAGCCGUAUCCGUCUCAACACACCAUAGAGAGACUCGCAGCACAGCUAGGCCUGCACACUAGCACUGUUAGCAACUGGUUCUACAACUACAGGUCUAGAAUUAGACGAGAUGGUUUUUCAGAACCAGUACAAACCAGAAUAUUUCAGAAUCCAACUGGUUGUAGUCCGGUUUCAGCCAGUUUAGUCCGACUCAAACAGGAGCCCAGUGAUGGAGAGAUGGAGGACGCAGAUCUGCAGAGAGAAGAGCACAAUCACGUCUCCGUCGGUGUACAGAGCGUGAAGAGAGAGAAAGAUGAAGAUCUUUCUGAGCUGUGAGUUCAAGGAGGACUUUACCUGAACCAACAAUGCAGAAAAAUCUCAGGAACAUCAUGAGAUCUUCUCUCUGCUUGAGCUCUAAAUGUGACCAUAACACAAUGUCAGUCGUUCUCGAGUCUUUUCUUUAUUCAGAUUUUUUGAUCAUGAUUUAUUUCAUAAUUUAAUUUAAUGAAGAAGUAAACCCUGAUUGGCCAGAUUGGUCUUUUUUUUCUUUUUUCUUUUUUCUAGUAUGACUGAAGAAAAAUUGUUGGUUGUAUAUUUGUUUGAUAACUACUUGUGCAAGUUCAUUUAAAUUCAGUUUGGUAAGACUAAAUGGUAAACAAUGAUAUGAAAGUUUGCUAAUAAAGUCCCUUUUUGGUGACAAGUUGAAGUCUGAAUCUUAUUUUUGCUUUCAUCUGUAUUUAUUUUGUU